GCUUUAGAGUGAGUGCUCUACCGCUUCAACUCCGCUGUGGCGCGCCAGGGCGUUUAUUUUAAAUCGGGUCCAAUUAUCAUUACAAAACGCUAAAUCUAAACAACAUGGCUAAUGUUUUGUUUUUGUUUCCCUUUUUCACUCAUCAUACAUUAUCUCCCCUAUCUACUCAGCCAUGAUAUGAAGAUGAAAGAGAAUUAAAGAGAUGGCGGAGGAGGAGAAACUCACAUUCAAGACUGUCAAGUAUGCAUUUAUUCUAAUCCAAAAAACACGAUCAAAUCUCACAAAAGAAUCGGCCAUCAUUGAAAGAAUUUGGUAUAAAAGCAAAGCACAACAUAAAAGUGCAGAAUGGUUUAGAGCAAUCGAUGGCGUACGCAAAUGUUUACGCAGAUUGUUAGAUCCUAUCAAGGGCGCCGAUCACCAACAACAACAAGAUGUUCAGCCUAGGAUAAUGAAAAGCAAUGAAGUUCAAAGCGGACAGGCCGAAGGAGAGAUAUUCUGCGGAGCCUUGGAUCGCGCUUGCUCGUCUCUCGUGCAAGUCUGGUGCUCUUAUUGGGGCAAGGAAACAACAGAGAACAACAAGAGUUUACCCAAAUUUGACGGAAUACCAAAAGAGCUACCGAAUAGCGAUGCUCUUUGCUCUGCUGUUCGGGAUAUUCGGGAGUUGAUUGCUAUCAUGGAAGAGCUGUCAAAUCGGACGAGAAUCGCGGCUAAUUCACUCAUUUCUCAUUUACGUACACCGCCUGCUCCAACGUUUGCCCCAAUUACGACUGCAUGUCUUGCAAUCAUGUCUGGUCUACAUUCAGAAGCGAAUCAAUGCUUGCAUGGUCCGCAAGAUGACCCUCCCUCAGACAGUCAAAAGAGCGGAAGAAGUUCAAUCAAGUAUCUGUACAACAUCAUGUCCAGUAGCUCCGUGCCCACUUCGGAAGACAAAGGAUUCACACUGAAUGUAGGGCUAGAGCGAAAAGGUCACCAGAAGAGAAAGCAAUCCUCCGUUUCGCAAGUAGGAAAGAAGCAGAGACCCAACGAAACCACUCAGAACUCUGGGAUGAUGACCCAAGCGGACGGAACAGAAGAAGAUCUAGGCGAGAUUGUGUAAUGUCACGCUCUGUUUUGUGACAAUGAUUAACCGCAUCGUGUGUACAUUAAAAAAAAUCUGUAAAGUACAAAAAUAAAAAAUUGCGAAAAGUAUCGCUUUGUGAUA